AUGGCCGCAGUAAUCUACAGUUUGGCCUUGGUCGUCCUUCUGGCUGUCCAUUUGAGCUACUUUGGAAAGGUAGCUUGUGAUGAUUCUGCUUUGGGAGGUUCUUUUAUAUUUGGUGAUUCUCUAGUUGAUGCUGGAAACAAUAACUAUCUACCAACUUUGUCCAAGGCCAAUAUCAAACCUAAUGGAAUUGAUUUCAAAGCAUCCGGCGGAAACCCCACCGGCCGGUACACCAAUGGGAGAACCAUCGGUGACAUUGUAGGGGAAGAACUAGGACAGCCAAACUAUGCUCAACCUUUUUUGUCUCCAAACACCACCGGAAAAGCUCUAUUAUAUGGUGUGAAUUAUGCAUCAGGAGGAGGAGGGGUUAUGAACGCAACUGGAAGGAUAUUUGUUAAUAGGCUGGGAAUGGAUGUACAGAUUGACUACUUCAACAUUACUAGAAAACAGAUAGAUAAAUUGUUGGGUGCAUCCCAGGCUAGAGAUUAUAUCAUGAAGAAAUCCAUCUUCUCUGUUACUGUUGGAGCAAAUGAUUUCCUGAACAAUUAUCUACUUCCAGUUCUCUCUAUAGGAGCAAGAAUUUCUGAAACUCCUGAUGCAUUCAUUGAUGACAUGCUCGGUCACUUCAGAGACCAACUUACGAGACUAUACAAAUUGGAUGCUCGAAAAUUUGUAAUCGGGAACGUUGGACCGAUAGGCUGUAUUCCCUACCAGAAGACGAUAAAUCAAUUAAACGAAAAUGAAUGUGUGGAACUGGCAAAUAAGCUAGCAAUUCAGUAUAAUGGGCGAUUGAAAGAUUUAGUAGCUCAACUGAAUGAAAACCUUCCAGGAGCUACAUUUGUUGUUGCUAAUGUGUAUGAUAUGGUGUUGGAACUCAUCACAAAUUAUGACAAAUACGGAUUUACAACAGCGACUAGAGCUUGUUGUGGAAAUGGAGGGCAGUUUGCAGGGAUAAUUCCAUGUGGGCCAACUUCUAGCUUGUGCAAAGAUCGGUCCAAGCAUGUGUUCUGGGAUCCUUAUCAUCCAAGUGAGGCUGCCAACCUUAUACUUGCCAAGAAACUGUUGGAUGGAGACAAAAAAUACAUUUCUCCCAUGAAUCUCAGGCAACUUCGAGAUCUUUGA